AUGGCUGAAUUAAAUGCAAUACCACUUUUCAUUGAAAUGACCAAUGAAUAUCUAAUUGUAUACGAUAUUAUAUGGGCACUUUCAUUUAAUCAAAAUAUUCAACAACAAAUUCGAUCUAAUUUAUCAUUCAUGUUCAAAUUAACUGUGCUAGCCAAAGAAUGUGAUAAUGAACAAAUGUGUAAAAUGAUUCAGGGAAUUCUAUGGAAUCUAGAAAUAAAUCAUGAAAAUCGUCCAACAUCAAAAAUCAAAAAUGAAAAAACAUUUGAUAUUAUGAUUAGUUAUUCACAUAAAGAAGAAGUCCUCUGUAAACAAAUCUAUGAUGAAUUAAUUAAAUCUGGUUAUCGUGUAUGGAUUGAUUUUGAUCAUAUGCAUGGAAAUGUUAUGGAUGCAAUGGCACAAGCUAUUGAGCAAUCACAUACAAUUAUUAUUUGUAUGAGUGAACAAUAUCAAAAAAGUAAUUAUUGUCGAGCUGAAGCAAAUUAUGCAUACCAAAAGCAACGUAAAAUAAUUCCAAUUAUUGUAGAAAAACAUUAUAAACCUGAUGGAUGGCUUUUGUUUCUUAUUGGUCAAUUAUUAUAUGUUGAUUUUAAUAAAUAUGAAUUUCUUCGAGCAAUGGAAUUAUUAUUUAAAGAACUUAAAGUUGCAAAUACAUCUGAAACUCAUGUUGUGCCUGUUGAACCUAAAGAAGAUACUACUGUUGUAGUUUCUACUCUAUCUGUAUCUUCACCGAAGAAAUCAGCAUCACUGAUAUUGUCUCAAAAUAUUAUUGAAUGGACACAAACACAAGUACAAGAUUGGUUAUUAGGACAUAAUCUUGUUCAAAUGUCUCGUCUUCUUACGAAUUGUGAUGGUCGCAGUUUAAUUUACUUGAGCAAGUACACGAAAAGAUGUGAAACGCAACAAAUUUUGAAUUUACUGCAAGAAGAUUCACUUCGAAGAAUAAAUGAAAGUAUAUCAUUAAUUGAAUUAUCCUGUUUUCAGUCUUUAAUGGAUCAACAAAAACGACUUUUUCCAUGGACAGAUGCAAAUAGUAAGAAAAAAGAUUCUCAAGUUUAUUGUUUGAUCAAUAAUGAAAUGAAAGAGACAAGACUAUAAAUGUAUGAAUUGAUGUUUACAUUGUACCGAUUCACAUAGAUGACUCAAUAUAUAUCAAUCCUUAUCCAUAUUUUCCUUGUAUUUUCUUAAUAAAUCUUUUUUUUUGUUCUAAAUCGGUCUUAAGAAUGACGAAUUAUUUACGGGUAGAAUAUGGAGUGCAUGGCGUUUAUUGUACUUAUGCAUACCAAAAGUACAGGCGGAAGUACUUUAAUUCAUUAUCAAAAAUUUAACGAAACAUUUUCUCUCUAUGAACGAAUAGUAAAAACAACGCUCUAUUUUUCUGUGCGCUUACAUUCUGCUUUAAGUAAUAUGAUAAUAAAUAUCUAUGCCAAAACAAAAGGCAGAGUGGAUCAUUUUUAGAUAACUUCUGAUAGAAAUACGAUAGAGUGCUGCAGUUGGGUGCGGGUGUAGAUGCCGAUGAAGGAAAAAUGGAUUACAUGUCUUCGGAGAAUAUCCCCGGCAACUCGAUUAUGUCCUAGGGUAAGAGGUAUAUAGAUAUAUAGGUAUAGGAGGUAUAGAGGUAUAGGAGAUGUAGGAGGUAUAGGAGGUAUAGGAGGUAUAGGAGAUAUAGGAGGUAUAGGAGGUAUAGGAGGUAUAGGAGAUAUAGGAGGUAUAGGAGGUAUAGAGGUAUAGGAG